GACAAAAUGCAUUUUAAAAAGAGAGUACUUGUUACGUAGAUAAUUAUAAUGUCUUUAGGUGUACCAAAGUGCUUCACAAUAAAAGAAAGAAGACAGCUUAAAAAAUGGGCAAAUUAAGAACAAAAUUCAGUCAGCAACAAAAGUAAGAAUAAAAUAGAACAAAUAAAAUACUACCAAUUACUAAGCAUUAAAAGCUAUUCUAAAAAGAUAAGAGAGCCUGUAAACAGAUGGGAAAUGGGGGCAGUAGUUGAAUUAACUACUGCCACCCUGCAGAAACUAUAUCCUAAAAGAUGACAAAGAUUUUUUUUUUUGUUAAAAGCAUAAUUAUAAUAAAAAAGACCACUGGGGAUGCUUUGAAAAUAGAUCAUAAGACAAUUAGUACUAGAUUGACCCCCUUUGAUUGUACUGUUUUGCAUCAUCAUGCUUUUUUGGUUCAUAAAAACUCUGGUAUUUUGUUUUUUCUGCAAAGUAAGUCAGUUUGUGUUUAAGUGAUGAACAACUUCUUCCCUCCAUUCUUUGAUUUAUCUGGACCAGUACAAUAAAACUGCACAUAAACACCCUAAAAAUAUUUCUACAUAAGAAAUUCUAAUUGUUAUACUUUGAAAGCAUUUCAUGAACACAUCUCAAUCUAAUACAAAAUUAGAUGAUGCCUUUGGAAGUUUUUUUUGUAUCUCACAGCAGUCUUUAUUUUUAUGUUCUUUUUUCUCCAUUUUUGAUAUUUCUUUCUCGUUCACUAAUUGCUCUCCAUCUCACUUUGCUGUUCUUUGCUCCUGCCCGGCUGUUUUAGCCUCACACCAGCAUACGCUCUGCAGCAGGCUGGAUGGUGGAGCCAACAGCGGAUAGACAGUGACUGAGGAAAGCGAGGGAGGGGGUGGAGAGACAUGAAGAAUUUGAGAGCAGGGAGAGAGAAAGAGAUGAAAAGCAUGUGAAGCCAGAGCGGCGCUCACACUCAAGAAGCAACAGCUACAGCAACAGCAUCCUCCUUCCCCAUUCCUCCUUUCCUCCCCCCAUUCUCCCAAUUCAGUGGGAGAUGGAGGGCACCCCGAGCUGCUGAGAAGCGCUGACCGACUGAGAGGGAAGUCUGCAUUGCUUGAAAUUUCUUCAUUUAUUUUUGUGUGUGUGUGGAGGAGACGAGCAACAAGGAGUAGGUUGACGUGCUGGAGAAAAGCCUCCUGGUAGGAGGGAGAGCAGAAGAGGAAAAACAGGGGGGAAAAAAGCAGCAAACGACGACCAGGUCUGACACCGAUUCCAAGGUCUGAAAGUAAGGCAGAGCGAGGGGGCGCAGAAGAUCAGAGGGCUCACACGUGUUGAGCGGUGACCCCCACUCGAGGACCAAGAGGGGAGGAAAGCAAAUUCAAACAGGGACGCAGCUGGAAAGAUGAGGAGGCAUCGAGGAGCACAUUUCAGUCCUGGGUGUCUGGUGCACUGACCCUGCCUUCAACAGGCGAGGUGUCAGAGGACCAGGGUCAUGACUGGCUUUUCUGGCCCUGGUCGGUGUGCCUUAGUGCCAUGGCUGAAGGUGUGGAGAUGGGUCCUGGCCACCUCACUGGUUGCUGGGAUUACCUUGACUCUACCAGGGAACAGCCAGGCCUGUCCUCCGCGGUGUGAGUGCUCAGCUCAGCUGAGGUCAGUGUCAUGCCAGCGGCGGAGGCUCGUCAACAUCCCUGAGGGCAUUCCCACCGAGACGAGGCUUCUGGACCUCAGCAGAAAUCGGCUUCGCUGGGUCCAGGCGGGUGACCUUUCACCGUACCCACGGCUAGAGGAGGUGGACCUCAGUGAGAAUCUCAUCGCCACAUUAGAGCCCAAUGCCUUCUCAGCCCUUCAGAAUCUUAAAGUGCUAAAGUUAAGGGGGAACCAGCUGAAGUUAGUGCCCAUGGGAGCCUUUGCCAAAUUAGGAAACCUGACCAGCCUUGACCUGAGUGAAAACAAGAUGGUGAUUUUACUAGAUUACACCUUCCAGGAUCUGAGGAAUCUAAAACACCUGGAAGUUGGAGACAACGAUUUGGUUUACAUUUCUCACAAGGCUUUCUCAGGAUUGCUCGGACUGGAGGAUCUCACAAUAGAACGCUGUAACCUGACAUCCAUUUCUGGCCAGACGCUGUCCUAUCUCCGCAGUUUGGUCUCGCUUCACCUUCGUCACCUCAGCAUUAUUGCUCUGGAGGACCAGAAUUUCCGAAAGCUCUACAGCUUGCGGGGUCUGGAAAUUGAUCACUGGCCAUAUCUUGAGUACAUCUCCCCGCUAAGUUUUCAGGGUCUGGAUCUCCACUGGCUGUCCAUCACAAACACUAACAUCACAUCCGUACCAUCUGGCUCCUUCAAGAACAUGGUUCACCUGACCCACCUCAAUCUCUCCUACAAUCCUAUCACCACAUUAGAGCCUUGGGCCUUCAAGGACUUGUUGAGGUUGAAGGAGCUCAUCAUGGUAAGCACAGGGUUGGUGACUGUCGGGCCCCAUGCCCUCGGCGGCCUCAGGCAGAUACGGGUGCUCAACUUCUCCUCCAACGACCUGCAGACGCUAGAAGAGAGCUCCUUCCACUCUGUCAACAGUCUGGAGACCCUCAGAGUGGACGAUAACCCCCUGCUGUGCGACUGCCGUCUGUUGUGGAUCCUGCAAAGGCGCAAGACCCUCAACUUUGACGGCAGAGUGCCGGUGUGUGCAGGGCCAGUGGAGGUGCAGGGGGUCAGCCUCAGCGCCUUCACUGACUCUGCACUGUUCGAUCACUUUACAUGCCAGAAACCUAGAAUACGCAACCGUAAGAUGCAGAAGGUGGUUGCUAACGAAGGUCAAGCGGUGAGUUUUCUGUGUCGAGCUGACGGGGAACCCACGCCAGCGAUCGUCUGGAUUUCACCACAACGCAGACGGAUCACAUCCAAGACUCCAGGACGCAUCACUGUUCUUCCGAGUGGGACCCUGGAGAUCCGUUUUGCCAAACUCACUGACACAGGAACCUACAUUUGCAUCGCCAGCAACGCUGGCGGCAAUGACACUUACUUUGCCACUCUCACGGUGCACGGGCAGCCGAUGGAUGCCGCCUCAGCCUUCUUUCUUAACCGCUCCAUGUACAGCGGAGAGUUUUUCAACGACACAAAUAUGAACAACACACGGGUUUUCCUGAAGUUCACCUUGGACCUGACAACCAUCUUGGUCUCCACGGCGAUGGGCUGCAUCACCUUCCUGGGAGUUGUCCUCUUCUGUUUCCUGCUGCUGUUCGUGUGGAGCCGGGGGCGGGGCCAGCGCAGGAACAACUUCACAGUGGAGUACUCCUUCCGGAAAUCUGAACCCACAACCGGGAGCUCUUCAGGAGGGACCAGGAAGUUUAACAUGAAAAUGAUAUGAAACAACGCAGCCAGGGGUCCCUCGGGGGAGGCAUGAACACGUUCCACAAGCGUGUUUGAUGCAUGCAAACACACACAGCCACAGUCUCACAAAGAAGUUUGAAAACACUAUAGAAGAACAAAAAAGCACCAAACUUCGAAAGAGGAGCUCAUUUGGUAUUCCUGGUUCCUCCACGCCACUUUUAUCUGCAUCAGCUUGUAGUCAAAUAGUUUUUGUCUUUUAAUAUAAGUAGAAGAUUUGCUGUAAAUUUAACUGCUGAUUGGAGAGUUAUAAAAAAACCAAAGGUAAAGUGGUAUAAAACAUUAAAAAAAGCUUUAAAUUAGUUUACAUGGAUAUUUCUACUUUAAAGAGUUUUUGUAAAAAGGUUUAACUUAAAUUAAGACAACAAAUGUAAAAUUGACUAAACUAACAAGCUGAAUUUCAUGGCUUCAAAUCUGUCAUUGACUUCAUUUUCUCUCAAUGUCCAUUGAAGAUGAAAAAUCAAAAGCACACUUCGGCUGUUUUCUCUUUGUGAGAUUUGCCAUGGCACUAGCUGUGUGAGUUUGGGACGAGCGCACUGACCGAGAACGACCGUGGCUGCCUGUGGCCCGGACAGGUUGCUUACCCCGCUGCCACAGGCUGCCACGUUCAGCACGGCUGCCAACAACGGAGGAGAAGAAAGAGCUGUGGGCAGAGCGCCGCUGCAAAGUUCCCUCAAAUCGCUGAAUCUCCAUCAUCAGACGUCAUUGGGGAUUUUUUUUUUCUAAACAGCAGAGAGUCUGCCGGCCUCCCUCAGCUCUUGUCUCUUAUGUUGGGGCUAACCUGACCUCACCAGGGCUGCCCGGGGGGAGCAGCAUGGAGGGUUGGGUCUGACUCAGAGACAGAAAUUGGGCCCACGGUCCACACUGAAGUGUUCUCAUGACAAAUAUCUUUUCUCAGGAAGAGUGAAAAAACUUGUAAUACAAACCUACUACAUUUAAAGUAAAAAUACUACAUUUAGAGCCAUGAACAAAUCUUUACUCUCCAAGAUAAGCAAGAAAAUACAUUUGGUUUUACAGAAGUGUCUGCAUGAUUCAUGACAUCAGUGCUCCUUAUCUUUAGUUGUACUUGCAGAAAUGUUUCAUCCUGCAGCACACAGGAACAGGAAGUGACAGAAAUGAAAGAUUUAGUCAAUAAAACGCCACAGAAACCUCAGUGUGAUGCUAGCUACCCUCUCUCUGUCUCUGACACGGCCAGUGCGCGAAUGUCUCUGCCCCCCCUAGCCCAGUGCAUCCCCCCCCUCUACCCACAUCCCCCAAACACCCCCACUGGGUCCUCCUUUGGGAGGGGUCCCUGGCUGGAGACUGAGGAUUCAAAUGUAAAUGAAGUCGUGUUAACCCUACCCACACCAUGUGCGUCGUGCAGUGGAGAAUAGUACUGUGGUUUUUAUGGUUCAAAAAAUGAUGAAAACUUUCUUUGGAAUUUAUUCUUGUUUUUCCUUUUUUUUAGUUUUUUUUUUCUGUUUUUGUUCUCCGUGACCUUUUUGGCUGUUUACUGUUUUGCAGUUCCCACUCUUCCAUGUAGGUCGGUUCCUGUUCUCAACUCCAAGUAAAGCACACUGGAUAGAUCCUGAUAAUUAUGAAAUGAGCCCAGAUUAGAUAACGAACAAUGGAAGUAACCUAAAGGAGGGUAAGUCAAUUAUAACAGGAAGUUGGUGAUUCACAAUAUAGGAAUAUUGAACGUUUUCUCAUUAGAGCUGGAUUCAGUCACUUGCUGAAGUAAAAAAACAAUUUUUAUCAAUAAUUACUUUGCUUGGUUACUCCUUUAAAGACAAUCAGCUGACAAACCUAUUUAAUCAGUUUACAGGUUAAAUGGGUUUAAAAGACACUGAACUGAAAAUGAUCUCUCAUUGUGGCCUCAAGCUCUCAUCUAACUUUGUUGUUUUGUGCAUUAAACCUGAAGCCACGUUCACACCGCCCUCAGCAGUACGCACCCACUUCUAAUGAAAAAUUUAUUUAAUCGUGUGUUAGGGGUGUAGGGAAAAAUCGAUUUUUAUUGAUAUAUCACGAUAUUUUGCUGACAAGACAAUAUUUAAUAUAUGAUUUAUGAGCAUCCAUCAGCGUUUUACUUUUGAUUUCCACCUAAUCCCUCGACCGCGAGUUGACAGCACAGCGCACUUUGAGUAUCAGAACAACAAGAAAUCGCGAGAGCCAGCUUUUGUUAAAUAUUCAAUCUCAUUGGUUCAGUCAGUUUUAGCUGUUAUAAGACAGGUACUAGUCAGUAUGACUUGAUUUUUUUCUAAGUCAUGCUCUUUAAAUAAAAAAGUGAAAACUCACUCUGGUACAGUAUUGGGAUAUAUUGAGAUAUGUAUCAUAUUUCCAAAUUCUUCCUAGUUUACACAUAGGAAUGUAAGUUUUUAUAGCUGUUUUCAAGCUUUAAAUAUAAAACACGUUGUUAAUGAAGGAGCGUUGCAAGCUAAAACAAGGUCAAACUUUGAACAAUCAGGGACUUGGAUUUGGUUGUGACGCGGUAAAACUUAACAAACUCAGAGGAUAGUUGGUUUGAAUCCAGACUCAGCGAUGAGCCUAACAGCAUCAAAUAAUCAAAUAAAACCAGAUAAUAAAAAAAUUUAAAAAAGAUAAAUCAAGACCACUCUCCUGACAUGAUGGUAACCCAUAUUCGCCAUUGCAAGGACACCGGUGAUGAACAAUUUUAGUUUCAUGUCAGAAUAGCAAAAUUUACAAAACUUUGGGCAAAUCCUAAUUCUUCCCCUACCCCCACAGCUUCUCGCUACCCCUCCAAUUGUAGGGUCAUUUGGAGGGGUAGGGUUGUCCAAAAUUGUUUUUUAAAGGCUAAACCUCGCAGCAGAGCCCUCCACCACGAGGGUAUUCCAUGUCGCACUGUGCCGCAGAGAAGAAGUGUUUUUCUUUACAUGGCUAUGUUCUGAAGCACGAGUUUAUAUUUAAACGUAAGUAAUGAUUUUUUGUUUUAACGUGACCUUUUUACAUUUAUAGAACCAAUGCUGUUAUGUAUUUCUGAGCACUAGCAGCUUCACGCUAACAUAGCUGACCUGCAACUAUUUGAUGAUGUCAUCA